AUGUCGAUGCACGGUACAUGGGCCGUCGAGGGUGCUGGAGACGUCAGUGAGAUUGCGGAUUUGAUGGCUGCUUGUAUUGGCUUCCGGCAAGAGUAUCCUGGAGAGAUGAGAAGCACAAGCAAGCUGAUCUCAGUCGUUAGACGCGUGUCUUUGGUCCACCAUGUUAUUACAUCCGAAGUGCCAGCAUCCAUCCAGUUUUGCUUUGGGCAACAGUCGCUGCCUGGCGGCUACGCAACACGUACUACGGCAACCCAACGUAUCCUCUCCCGGUCCGCGUUAUGCGCCAACGUCAACACCACCGACAAACACCAAUUGGACGACGACGGCGACGACGACGAAGACGAAGGACAGCGCUCAGCCUCCUCUCGUCCCCAAUCUCCGAGCCCCGUUUGGUGUUUCCAUCUCUGGGGCGCUUCGUCCUCCCAGCAUAUAUCCACUGCCCGCCACCACCAGAGGCACGACUCUGGAAGCUUGACAGAGAAGAAAGUCAAGACGCUUGACGACGCCGAGCCAUCACGGACGGAUAGCUGCCCCGCCCUCAAGCUCUCCACCCCCUUCGAGCCUGUUUCGCAAAUUGCCGUCUCUCAUCUUGCCGGGUUCCCCCAGCAGUAUGACCUCACAUAA